AUGGCUCGUCUUUACCACCGAGCUCAGUUGCCCCUGCAUAUCAAGCGCGCCAUAUGCGCGCACCACGUCGAACACCCCCAGCUGCGCCACGUUGACCUCGCACGAUGGUGCUUCACUCGUUUCGGAAUCCGCCCCGACCGCUCAACCAUCGGGCGCGUCCUGAAAAGUGCUAACCGCUGGGCUAUCGAUGACACCAAUGACAACGCCGUGCGUGUGCACGGCGGUGCAUAUCCGGAGCUUGAGCGUGCCAUGGCACGGUGGAUAGCCAGGCCGGGGCCAGCUGGGGUGCCUCUCACCCUUGCGACUAUUCGGGACCAUGUCGCCUACAUGGCCCGCGAGAACGGUCUGCCGGCUACGUUUCGUUGCUCCAUCGGCUGGGUGCGUUGCGCAUUAUGCCGCCAGGGCGUGAGAUGCUUGAGCGCGGUUGGCGAGGCGGCCGACCAAGACAUGACGGCCGUGCGCACCACGCAGGAGAAGCUGCCGCAGCUCCUUAUGCAUUUGAACGUGAGGCCACGCGACACCUUCAAUUUUGAUGAGACGGCCCUCUACAUUUCCGUUCUGCCGCGGAAGACCUACGGCACGGGCCGUAUUGCGGGCAGGAAGAAUGGCAAAGAGAUGCUCACCAUCGGCUUCCUCGUCAACGCCGACGGCUCUACCUUGUUCCGCCCUCUCGUGAUCUCCAAGGCCCGGCGCCCGCACGACUUCCGCCCCGACUACGACCCGGAGGAGUUGUGCUACUGGCGCAACACCACCAAGGGGUGGAUGACUACCGCGGUAAUUUCCGUCGUGGAGGCUGCUAGUCUCUUCACGCACUACAUCGAGCAGCUGGAUGCGGCUAUGUUUGCGGAGGGGCGGCAGAUCGUGAUACUGCUCGACAAUGCCAGCAGACACACGCUCACGACCCGGGGUGCCAUCACCGAGGACCUCUUCGGCUUCCGCACCCGCAAGCUCGAAAAUGUGCGACUCGUCUACCUGCCGCCUAACACUACUUGCUUCACCCAGCCCCUUGACCAGGGCCUGAUUGCAAUGGCGAAGGCGCGUUAUCGCGCACAUUGGCUGCGGAAGUUCACUGGCAUGUGGGCUGCCGAAGGCGCCACCUCCGCAGCGGCUCGUUUCAGGCCGAACCUCCGAUACGUGAUCGCGUGGCUGAGCGAUGCCUGGAUGAAUAUCCCGCCGCGCACCAUCCAGAGGUGCUGGUGGUGCACGGGAUGCCUCCCGCGCGCCUGGGCCAUGGAGUUGGCGCACGUGGGGGUGGGCGCUAUCCGCGAACCUGGCACCGUGGCCGACACCGGCCUUGUUGAGGAGGUCAACGACGUCGGCCUCCUCAUCGACCGGCUUUGCCUCGGAUCCAGCGCGAUGGCGGCGCACGAUUUCGUCAGUUUCGACGACAACCAGCCCACUUGCGCGGAGCCGGGUGAUGAUCCGCUCGCAGCGGAGCCGGUGCCGGCCCCUUCGCAUGAUACGUGGGCGCCUCCCUCGACCAUGCAAGAGGUUUACGAUGACGCCGACCCUGCGUCCCGCGAAUCGAGGCGCACUGCUCGCGCGGCAUGCGAGAUGCUCAUUGGUUACGCCAAGGCGACCUGCACCACCCCGCGGGACUUGUGCGCCAUCUUCGACAUUCGCAACCCGAUCAUUCGGGCGCGGAUGGAGCGCGCCAGCCCGCCGCUGAACCUCAACGCGACCCCGCCCCCCGCCAUGACGACUGCCUCCACCCCGGAGGCAGAGACCCCCCGUCCCCGUGGUAGGGUUCUCCCGGCGUGGAUGACGGUGCCUACGGCUGACUGGGUGGCACAGACUGCUCGCCGCCAGGAGCUCAUCGAGGCGGGUUUCCCGGCCGUCAUGAGCGGCUACGUCGCCGCCGCAGAAUGGAUGCGGAUGUGA